UUUGAUUUAACUAUCUCGCGCUUUUUAAUGCAUUGUCACCCUGUAGUAAUAAACAUUAUCUACAUUUUUUUCGCAAAAUAAUAAACACCACACAAUCUCACUCUGCAUAUAUGUUCCAAUCAGUAUAGAGGCUUCAGUUUGCGUCUAGACACUGCUCUCCGCAGAUCGAUCGAUUUAGGCUGUGGCAUUGUAGAUGAUGAUGACGAUGGCUCCUUCUAAUCUCAUCGGAGUCGACGUAGGUACCGGAAGUGUCCGAGCGGCCUUGGUAAGCAGCAACGGUAAGGUGCUCAAAUCGUACGUGAUACCGACCAAAACCUGGAACCCGGCCCCGGACCAUUACGAGCAAUCGUCCGACAAUAUCUGGAGCGCCGUUUGCGAGUGCGUUCGAAAUGUAGUAUCUCAAUGCCCGCGAGAGCACAUCAAAGGAAUAGGAUUCGAUGCCACGUGUUCGUUGGUUGUGCUGGACAAGGCAGCGAAUCCCUUGACGGUUAGCACUUCGUGCAGCAACGAACAGAACAUCAUACUGUGGAUGGAUCAUCGGGCCCAAGCGGAAGCCGAUUUCAUCAACUCGACCAAGCAUGAGCUGUUGAACUACGUCGGAGGGACCGUUUCACUAGAAAUGGAAUGUCCUAAACUUUUGUGGCUCAAGAAGCAUAUGCUGGAGCAGACCUGGGCAAAGGCUGGUGCAUUUUUCGACCUCCCGGAUUUUUUGACCUAUAAGGCAACUGGUAACGCAUCCAGGUCGAUCUGUUCAGCUGUUUGCAAGUGGAACUACGACGCCAUCAAGGCAUCGUGGUCGGCUGAUUUCCUGAACAAAAUAGGCUUGCCAGAUUUGGUAGAGAAGAAUUUCCAUCUCAUAGGCGAAAAACUUAGUAGCCCGGGAAAUCCUAUUUCUGGUGGACUAUCCAAGGAGGCCGCAGAAGCUAUGGGUUUGCUUCCAGGAACCGCAAUAGCCACAUCAAUGAUUGAUGCACAUGCAGGUGCCCUAGCCUUACUGGGGGCACGCAACCCAGAAAACCCCGUAUCCGAGCCUCUAACAUCCAAAAUGGCCAUCAUCUGCGGCACUUCGUCCUGUCACAUGAGCAUAACGGAGGCACCCAUCAUGGCACCGGGCAUUUGGGGUCCGUACAAAAAUGCCAUCAUUCCCAAUCUGUACCUGAACGAAGCCGGCCAGAGCGCCACCGGGGUGCUCAUGGAUUUCGUUCUGCAGACCCAUCCUUGCUAUGGACAACUGUUGCAGGAACAUGAUUCCAACGGGAAGAUCUACGCAUACCUUAAUGAGGUCCUUUUGGGAUUGAAAGAGAAACGGGGACUACCAUCGGUUCAUAUGCUAACGGCGAAGUUGCACAUUUGGCCUGAUUUUCAUGGGAACCGAUCUCCCCUGGCAGAUCCUACUUUGAAGGGCAUGAUAUCUGGCCUUACAAUGACGAAGGAUACUGAAAACUUAGCAUCGAUAUACCUUGCAUUGAUGCAAGCAUUGGCGUACGGUACCCGCCACAUUCUGGACGUCCUGGCAAGAUCCGGCCGUGAUCCCAUACGUUCCAUUCUGCUCUGCGGCGGCUUGAGCAAAAACGGUUUGUUUGUUCAAACGCAUGCCGACAUCUGUUCCAUCCCGGUACUGCUACCGCACGAAACCGAAGCCGUCCUGCUGGGAUCGGCCAUGAUGGGAGCCUGUGCUGCUGGAAUCUACGCAGACUUGAAAACUGCAGCCACCGAAAUGGGAGGCACGGCCGAAGUUGUCAAACCGGAUAUGAGCGAUGGCAACCGAGACUAUCACGAGCGGAAGUAUCGCGUGUUUUUGAAAAUGGUCGACGACCAACGAUCCUACGAGAAGCUGAUGACCAGCUAGACUCUCCUAUACAGGGAUUUUUCACACAUACCAGGGUACCAAUUUGUAGCAUUUUUUUAGAAGCGAAGCCUUUUUUAUACAUUAUACAUUUAGGAAUAAAAUUUUGCGCAUCAUAACUUA